ACAAACCAUAAUUAAAAAUAACUGAAGGCAAGCCCCUGCGCUUUGGGGACUGCAAGUGCAAGCUUGCUCGCAACUCUCAAAGCCUGUAUCCUGCUAAAAAAAUUCCUCUACUCUGCUUAUUACCCACUUCCCCAAAACACAUGCUCCUCAUCCUCACCGUCAUCAUCACCUCCACUAGAACCACCGCCUCCUCCUCUUCCUUCUCCUUCAACUUGAACUACUUUAUAACUCUGUUUCUACAGAGCUUCUCUUGAUCUAAGAAAUUUUGGUACAUACCAGAGGAAACCAAGAUGAUCACUGCUAGAGACUUCUACAAUGUCAUGACUGCCAUGGUACCACUUUACGUAGCCAUGAUCUUAGCCUACGGCUCUGUGAAAUGGUGGAAGAUCUUUACUCCGGACCAGUGCUCCGGUAUCAACCGCUUCGUUGCUCUGUUCGCUGUUCCUCUGCUUUCGUUCCACUUCAUCUCUUCCAACAAUCCUUACACCAUGAACAUCCGCUUCAUUGCGGCGGACACUCUCCAGAAGGUCAUAGUCCUUGCGGUGCUGGCCGUUUGGACCAACUUCACUAAAAGAGGCUGCUUGGAAUGGACCAUCACUCUGUUUUCGCUGUCAACUCUGCCCAAUACCUUGGUCAUGGGUAUUCCCCUACUCAAGGGGAUGUAUGGGGAGUUCUCCGGUAGCUUAAUGGUGCAGAUUGUUGUGCUCCAAUGCAUUAUUUGGUAUACUUUGAUGCUAUUCAUGUUUGAAUACAGAGGCGCCAGAAUGCUGAUUUCAGAGCAAUUUCCUGACACUGCUGGCUCCAUUGUGUCCAUCCAUGUCGAUUCCGAUGUCAUGUCGCUCGAUGGACGACAGCCUCUGGAAACUGAAGCUGAAAUCAAGGAAGAUGGAAAACUCCAUGUAACUGUCCGAAAAUCGAAUGCAUCAAGAUCGGAUAUUUUCUCCAGAAGGUCUCAGGGUUUAUCCUCGACUACUCCACGACCUUCGAAUUUAACCAAUGCUGAGAUAUACUCUCUGCAAUCGUCGAGGAAUCCGACUCCGAGAGGCUCCAGCUUUAACCACACGGAUUUCUACUCCAUGAUGGCCGGCGGGCGGAACUCAAACUUUGGGGCGUCGGAUGUUUAUGGGUUAUCUGCGUCACGAGGGCCGACGCCGAGACCGUCCAAUUUUGAGGAGGAUGGUUCUGGAAAGCCAAGGUUCCCUUACCACGGGACCGGUGGUGCAGCUGCAGCAGCCCAUUAUCCGGCUCCAAACCCAGGAAUGUUCUCGCCGACGACAGGGUCUAAAGGCGUCGGUGCUAACGCUAAUGCGAAGAGGCCUAAUGGUCAGGCUCAACAGAAGGGGGAAGAAGGCGGUAGAGAUCUUCAUAUGUUUGUAUGGAGUUCUAGUGCUUCCCCUGUAUCUGAUGUCUUUGGUGGCCAUGAAUAUGGAGCUACUGAUCAUCAGAAAGAAGUCAGAUUGGCUGUCUCUCCAGGAAAAGUGGAAGGAAACAGAGAUAAUAAUGGAGAGUAUUUGGAGAGAGAUGAGUUUAGCUUUGGGAACAGGGGAAUGGAGCGGGAGAUGAACAAUGAAGUUGAAAAAAUGGGAGAUGGAAAACCCAAAGCUAUGCCUCCAACAAGUGUUAUGACAAGGCUUAUACUUAUCAUGGUUUGGAGAAAGCUAAUCAGAAACCCCAACACAUAUUCAAGCUUAAUAGGACUCACUUGGUCCCUAGUCUCAUUCAAGUGGAAUGUAGGAAUGCCUGCCAUCAUAGCCAAGUCCAUUUCCAUUCUGUCAGAUGCAGGCCUUGGUAUGGCCAUGUUUAGUCUAGGUCUGUUCAUGGCUUUGCAACCAAGGAUCAUAGCAUGUGGGAAUUCCAUAGCAGCUUUUGCCAUGGCCGUGAGAUUCCUUACAGGGCCAGCUGUCAUGGCAGCUGCUUCCAUUGCUGUUGGGCUGAAGGGCGUUCUCUUACAUGUUGCCAUAGUGCAGGCUGCUCUCCCACAAGGAAUUGUCCCCUUUGUCUUUGCUAAGGAAUACAACGUGCACCCUGAUAUUCUCAGCACAGCUGUGAUAUUUGGGAUGCUCAUUGCAUUGCCCAUAACACUUGUGUACUACAUCUUGUUGGGGCUAUGAAAUUAUGCCUAAAUAUAUCAUCAUCGAAGGAUUAUGGCAUGCAUCAAAUGCAAGCCCUUUUAAGUUCUUCGAUCCAUUGGAGCGCAAGGGAAGAGAGACAGAAAUAUGAUAAAGGGGCCGAUGAUGAUGAUCUUUAUUAUGAAAUGUCCUUUUUUUUCCCUAGUAAAAUUUGUAAAAUCUUGGUUGUAGUCAUUAUAAAAAAAAAAAAAAUGAUUUCCUUGCUUAAUUUUUAAAUUGUGGUAGCUAGCUAGAGUUCAACCACACAAAAGAAGGAAGAAAAAGGUUGUGACAUU